GCGUUAUCAAGAGCCCAGUGAAGAGCAGGAGACGACGGGAGAGGUCAGGCGACCUCCCGCAACCCCAGCGUAUCCCCGUCAAGAGGGGUAGGGGCAAAGGGCCUAACGGAAAAAUUAAAGAUCUAAACGGUAGGUGGUUUGGGCUGGGCUCUCAUGUCGGAAUCCAAGGCGGCGCCACCACCACCACCAGUACCGCUCUACAAGCAGCGAUCUUGGUCUCCUGAUACCUAUCGUGAUGAAGCUUGGCUGCGGCGAAAGGGAAAUUAUAGGAAGACUCGGCGAAGCAGGAGUGUCACGGAUGAAGACCUCGACGAACUUAAGGCAUGUAUUGAGUUGGGUUUCGGAUUUGAUUCUCCAGAUCUGGAUAGUAAGCUUUCCGAUACUUUGCCUGCUUUGGGUUUAUACCAUGCCGUCAACAAGCAAUACAGCGACAGCAUUUCCAAAUCAUCAUCUUCAGCUACACCUUCAGAGUGCGAUGCUUCAUCUCCACCUGGAAGUCCUCUCACCAUCUUCAGUCCUGGUGAUGAUCCUCGGACGGUGAAGACAAGAUUGAGACAGUGGGCACAGGUCGUUGCGUGUGCGGUGCGGCAAUCUUCUUACUGAUUUCAGGCGAACAAAGCCCCGGCUGCCAACUGAUUCUAGCAACAGAGUGAACAAAAAUGAGGGAAAAAAAUGGAAACAAAAGGGAAGAGAAGAAAUGAAAAUUUGACCUUUUCCGGUUACCCUGUUACAUUUGUUCUGAAAGUAAUUAACAGGUUAACUUGGACAGGAUUGUACA